GGUCUUUCAGUCUCUCUCCCCCAUCACCUGCUCUCGCUUCAAUCCAACGAAGAAAUUCACAAGCAAAACGACAGGACAAAAAACGACGUCGCACCAUGUACAGCGGCACGUACGCGCACUCCGACACUCAAUGCCCCUACCCAACGUCCGACAUGGCCGCCACGUCAUCUUUCCCGUCGCUCCCCCUCCCUCCCUUGACCAUCCCCAACCUGGACCCGCUAGGCGCGGUCGCCGAGUUCGACUCGUUGAAACCGCUGAGCCGCUACCCGGACGCCUCACACAGCAGCACCAGCAGCAGCGGCGGCAGCAGCUGCUACAGCUCGCCGAGCUCGUUCCCGAGUGCCGAGACUCAGUCGGGGCCGAGCUUGUUCCAGAGAAGCAUCAGCAGCCUCUCGCUGCAGAGAAACGAGGGGGUUUGUUAUCAUUACAGCCCCCUCGCCAUGAGUGCUCUCGAGUUGGCUGAGUCGGAAACGAGUCCUGUGAGGCGAGUUUACAGCACCGGCGAUUUGCAGAGAGUUAACGGGCUGCAGCACAAGCAGAGAUCGGAGAGUCCACUGAUGAGCGAGAGCAACAUGAUCAUCGAAGGGAUGAGCAGAGCGUGCCGAUAUAGCCCGGAGGAGAAGAAGGAGAGGAUCGAGAGGUACAGGAGCAAGAGGAACCAGAGAAAUUUCAACAAGAAGAUCAAGUACGCCUGCAGGAAAACCCUAGCGGAUAGCCGGCCGCGCAUCCGAGGGCGGUUUGCGAGGAACGACGAGAUCGACAAGUGCUAUCAGCUUCCAUGGAGCCAUGAAGCUGGCGGGGAGGACGAAGAAGAAGACGAGGACGAUAACUGGGCUAACUUUCUCGACUCAUUCUCGUCGGGGAAUCUGUAGCUCAUCGAAUAUUAAAAUAAGAUUAUUAUUUCAAUUAGGAGUCAUUUGUUUUGCGAGAAAUCAACGAUCUAGAAGACAUUUUCUUAAAAAUGAUUGCUUAUAUCGUUUACAAAAUUAGGUGAACUAAGAUUUUUCGUUGACCGAUUCUUCUAGAUCAUCUUGC